GAAAAAGAAGAAGUUAUUGGACUUGAAGACGAAAGUUGUAUUAAAGAAUGCGACGAUUUGUGUCGGAAAAUUGUCAUGAUUGUUGAUCCGUGCUGCGAGUUUUGUCGACGUCAGUUUGCUCAAACAUUAAUUCUAAGUACUGUUCUAAUAUCUGUGAUAAUUGUUUAAUUUAAAAUGUCUCAUCAAACUGGCAUUAAAGGUAAUGAAGGUUUGAAGAAGAUUUUUGGAAAGUCAAAGGAUGGGAAAAUACGUGCUAUUAAAAUCAGUAUUCAAAAUGAGGAGCUUAAUUUGUCUGCACACAAAGAAGUGAAGAGUUCUUUUCAAAAGGAUUAUGAAAAAAUGGUUAUGCCCAUGAUCGAGGAGGAUGUACCAUGUUAUAUUCUAUUCCGGUUAGAUACUAAAAACACAUUAGGUUACGACUGGCUUCUCAUAAGUUGGACUCCUGAUAGUGCCAGUGUGCGCUUCAAAAUGUUAUACGCUUCAACAAAAGCUACAUUGAAGAAUGAAUUUGGAACGGCACAUAUAAAAGAUGAACUGCAUGCAACUACCAUGGAUGAAGUGACGUACAAGGGUUAUACGAAGCAUAUAGAAGCAAUGGUUGCACCGGCUCCUCUAACGAUGAGAGAAGAAGAAUUGAAAGAAAUUAGGCAGACUGAAACACAUGUGGAUAUUAGUACUAAUACAAGACAGCAAACAUUAAGCGGGGUUGCUUUCCCAAUUACUGAAAGUGCUAUGCAAGGGAUUAAAGACAUGGCUAGAGACUCUUAUAACUAUCUUCAAUUUAAAAUAGAAUUUGCAGAAGAAAAAAUACACCUGGUAAAAGCUGCCAAUGUAGAUUUAAAUAAUUUAAAAAAUGAAGUCCCCGAAGACUGUGCAAGGUAUCACCUUUAUAAUUUUAAACAUACACACGAAGGAGAUUAUACUGAAAGCAUAGUUUUUAUAUAUUCAAUGCCUGGAUACAAUUGUUCUAUAAAGGAAAGAAUGCUUUAUUCAAGUUGUAAAGCACCAUUUUUGGAAACUAUACAGAGUUUGAAUCUUCCAAUUACGAAAAAGCUUGAAAUAGAUUCAGGGAGUGAACUGACCGAAGAGUUUCUCCAGGACGAGCUGCAUCCGAAAAAGAACCUGCAUCGGCCUCUUUUUGCAAAACCGAAAGGACCCCCCAACAGAGGUGCUAAAAGACUCACCAAACCCAAUUAAUAUGUAUGUGUACAUAUUCAUAUGUAUAUUUAUAUAU